ACCGAUUCAACGUCCUCGCGUAACCGUAUGGCGAAUCUCUCUCUGAAUCCCGGUAUUGGGUCGAGUACCCCAGCGGCCUUGUUGACCUCACUCGCUCGCACCCCUUGACUGACGGCGCCGUCGCUCUGCCCCCGCCAGAUCUUGACCCCCAGAUGGACAUUCCCGUCGACAACGAGCGCACCAUUCGCCUGACCGACAGCAGCACGGCCCUCGUCGUCGUCGACAUGCAAAACUUCUUUCUCCAUAAAGCCCUGUUCGACCACCCGACGGGUCUCGCGUGCGUCGAUCCCCUGCUGCCCGUCGUUCCAGCCGUGCGGAAACGCGGUGUGCGCAUCAUCUUGCUGGACUUGUACCUCCCAGAGAACGGUAUCAAGAGCUUGCUCUUCGCCGGCGUGAACGCCGACCAGUGCGUGAUGGGCACCUUCCCCGACGCCUUCUUCCGCGGUUACGACGUCGUCAUGCUCCGCGACGCGACGGUCACCACUUCUCCGGAAGGUGGUCUCGAAAGCGCCCUCUACAACGCUAGCCUCUACGGUUUUGUGACGGACACGAAGUACUCCAGUCCGCAGAAAGUUCAUAACGCAACGUGAAUUGUAAUGAUACAUCGGAGGAGUAAACAAAAUACCAAUAAGUAUGAAAAGCGACACUCGAUGGAGCGUGUGCUCAGUAUCGUGUCCGAUUCGUCCUUGCCUGCCCGUCUCUACUCCGCAUACGCAAACGCGUAUCCGUCCGAAAGCGGUCUAUGUCCCGUCGACCCCGACCCGGACCUCGGCCUCGUCUUCACGUUCAACACCGUCCUACCCGAAUACUUUCUCGCCAGCCCGGUCGCUCCGCCCGCGUCGUCGAAUCCCUCGCCCGAAAUCCGCCCCAGAGCCUCGAACGGCUCAUGCACCGACGCGGGCGGCGUCGCCAGCUGCUGCCGCAUUCCGCCUGGCGGCGGGCUUCGCAGCGGGCUCCUCGGCUGAAUCGGCGGCGGCGAACCGAGAGACGCCGCCGAGAAGCGCGCCAGAUCGCGCGUGUCGAUGAACGGGCGCGGGCGCGGCACCGGUGCGUGCACACCACCGCCCACCGUGUCCUGCGACGCGUGGAACGGGUCGUUCGCCGCCGAAGAAGACGAGGCGGUCGACGGCCGCCGCCCGUGCCCGUGCCCGUGCCCGUGCCCGUGUCCGGAGCCGCUGUAACGCGAUGGGCUGGACCCGCGCGAGCGCGAGCUCGAGCUCCGCGCCAAGCCGACGACCACGUCGGGCGUCCCGCUGUGUGCGCUCACGUACGCCGCGCUUGUCGACGUUAGUUCCUCGUCCGACCCGUCUGACGCCGUCGCCGCGCCGGGCACGACGCCUACGCUCCCCUCCGCCGAGCGGUGGUCACCGGACGGGCCGUCGAACCGCGGCGGCGCCACCCGUCUCGCACUGCUAUGCCUCACGUGGGCCGUCGCCGUCGCCGUCGCUGCCCCCGCUAGCAGCCGCUGCCGCUGAACGCGCUCCGCCAUCGGCGUGCUCACGGAGACGGGCGUAGGCAGCUCAGUAUGCCGAUCGUCCGGCGUCCAGCUGUGCUCGCUCGCCGAGGUACCGAGGUACGGGUCGCUGAAUGGGUUCGCGCCGCCAAGUUCCAGCGGGCCGCUGAUGAACUGCCUGCCGGGUGGGGAACGUCGACGGCGGCGAAGGACGAGACAGACGGCGACGGUGCCGCCCACGAUCACGAGUGCGAUGGCCACGAACACUCCCGCAACCGCGCCUUUGUGGUUCCAGAAUGAGUUUUGGUGAAUAACCGCGGCGGAGUUGGAGGACGUCGUCGGAUUGAGGCCGAUCGUGGUGAUGGAUGUAACCUGGCCAUCGGCCAAGGUGGUCGCGACCACUUCCGUCACGGAAGCAGGCGUCUGCACGGAGAUAUGACCCCUGCUGUCCGUAGAUGUUAUUACCACGACGGCCGAGGACGAUGCACCGCUGCUUUGCACCGGGCCCUGCCUCUCGGCUGCAGAGGACGAAGCCCCGGCGCCUGAAGAGCUCUGGCCAGCGGAAGCCGAGCCGGGACUGUGUGGCUGCGAACCAGACGAUGUCGUGGAUCCCGACCCCGGUCCCGACGCAGACCCGCCGGAGCUGCUCGAUCCCGCGGCUUGCGUUGCCUUCGU